AUGGGGAAGCCGUUCCAAAAAGUUCAUGCCUCUAUGGUAGGCAAGUUCGAAGACGGCGUCGGUGAAAAGAUCCCACAGUGGAUUCGGGCAAAUGGAGGGCAAUUCUCGAGAGACGUGAACUCACGAACCACUCAUCUCAUUGCCACAAAGGAAGCAUUCAAAAGCAAUGCGGUUCCAGUGGAAAAUGCCAAGAAGCUCAGCGCUGUCAAGAUCGUCUCAUACGAUUGGCUUGAAGACUCGCUGCUGUCAAACAACCGCCGGCCAAAGCCCGAGGGACCAUAUCUUCUGAACAAUCUGAUGAAGCCCGAGAGGAAGGAAGUUCAGAAGAAGAAGGUCAUACCGACGUCCUCAAAGGUGGCAAAGGAGACAAAAGGGAAUAUUCCAAAGCGUCGGAUAGUUGAUCCUUUCCUCGCCCCAAAGGGCAAAAAAAAGCGUAAGCAUGAUCCUCAUUUCACGUGGCAUAUUCAGGUGCAAUACUUACCCAUCACAGCCGUGCGUCAGGUGUACCAGGACCGAAAGACAAACGUGGUUUACAGCAUCACCUUGUUCCGCCCAUCGAAACCACCGGUCACCAGCAGAGAAAAGUACCAAUUGACUCUCUUCCAGACUAUUUCCGAACCGCAUACCUACUCAACCUACGCCAAAUUCAGCCGCGUUGGCACGUCCAAUGUCGAACUUCUGGCGGGACCAAGAUGUAAGCUUGAGGUUGCCGUGGAAAAGUUCAAGCAGUUCUUCAAGGACCAGACUGGCAAGGAAUGGGACGAAAGGGCAAACGGAAAGAUGCCACACCCAAAGAGAGACGUGGACGGAAACAGCUUGCCUGUUCACGAGGGUUGGUUCUAUCUUGAGGAAAAGACGACUAUCCUUGGUGCGUUCCUCAGAGAACCCCAGAGUACAAGUUGUGAGGAAUCAACUGGCCGCAUCGCCUCCGAUGGUACCGAGGAGCGUGGUGUCGAGGACGGUGUCCAGGAUGGUGUGGAGGACAAGAUGGCAAAUCACCGAGCUAAAGAUGGGGACGAAAAUGGGGACUAG